AGUGUUAUUUAGCAGCCGAUGACAGUGAAACCAAUCCACAUUGUAGUUGGAUGAGAUCCUUUCUCUACAUUGAGGUUAAGAACCAAGUGGAGGAUGACCGGGUUAAUCUCAUCAUGAAGCUCCUUUUCCAUCGGUGUUGAAUAGCACUCUGCUGUUUGACACGGCGACGGAGAUGAGGCUCGUUGUCUCUUCUUCCUGCUUUUCCAUCACCGGCAGACGAGGCCAUGUAAGGUGUGGCUUCUGUGUCUCGCUCGAGACAGCAGGGACACAGAGUCUCGUUCCGAUUGGGCAAAUACUGCGGGCGCCUCACCCGUGGACCCCACAGCCCAGGUUACCUUAUUUCCUUCGUCGAGCAUCGAUAGCGAAUCGCGACCGUCCAAUGAACCGAAAUUGACAAAUCGAACGGCUUAUCCUCUUCGCUCGUUGUGCCCAGUUAUAGAGGACCUAAACGUUAAAAAGGUUGUAAGUAGUGGCAUAUCUGUGGUUUUUGGCUAUUUAUCGUGCUCUCUCUCUCUCUCUCUCUACGUGCCGCCACUGUGAGGGAGCAAAUGGGGUGCACGGCGUCGAGGCUGGAGAACGAGGACUGCGUGCGCCGCUGCAAGGAGCGGCGCCGCCUCAUGAAGGAGGCUGUUCACUCCCGCCACCACCUCGCCUCCGCCCACUCCGAUUACCUCUGCUCCCUCCGCCUCACCGGCUCCGCCCUCACCCGCUUCGCCCUCGGCGAGCCCCUCGCCGUCUCCGAGCAAACCCCUCCCAUCCUCCUCCGCUCCUCUUUCUCUGCCUCCGCCGCCUCCUCCUUCCCCCCGUCCAAGCCCCAGCCCCCUCCCGCUCCAUCUCCCCCGGCACCGCGUCCCCGACGCCGCCCCCGCCGCCACCACGACUUCUCCCCUUCCCCUUCUCCAUCCGUCGUGUCCUCCUCCACCUCCUUCCGCAAGCCCUCUACCUCCGCCGCGUCCGACGCCGGCCACCCUGGGUUCCCUCCACGGAACCCGACGUACGCCACCACCCCUUCCCAGUCCUCCUCCGCCUGGGACUGGACGAAAUGCUGCCCGCCUUCGCCACCCAAUUCCGAGUUUUUCGAACGCAGGAAAACCGAGCUCGAGGAGAAGAAUCGUCUCCGGCACCAUCUCCCCCCGGAAGAAGAAGUGGACGAGUCGGAUGAGGAGCAUGUAGCGCCAGCGGAAGAAGGACGAGGAGGAAGAGAAGAGGUUUAUUGCCGCGAAUGGGGCGAGCACUGUACCAGCCCCACCAGCUCUUCCACCCGAUCCGAUGGCGAGCCGCAGCGGGAGGAGGGACGAGAAGACGAAAGGGACACAGUAUCGACAUCAGAGAGCACGGCCACCAGAUCAGAAUACGCCCCAAGUCAGGCGGCGCCGUCCGAGAUCGCAUCGUCUGCGGCGGCGGAGGUGAAGACGCGGCUGCGGCCGAGGUCGGAGGCGGGAUCAUCGUCCGCCAGGUGGAAAGCCGGCGUCCAGGAGACUACCUCGUCCUUCGCCGCCGCUGCCGAGCUGCCGAUGGUGGUGCGCCACCACAACCUGGCGGAGAUUGCGGCCGCGAUCGAGGAGUACUUCAUCAAGGCCGCCGAUGCCGGCAGCGCCGUCUCGGAUCUCCUCGAGAUUGGCCGGGCCCAGUUUGACGGUAGCUUCCGGCAGCUCAAGAAGACGGUGUACCACUCGAACAGUGUGCUGAGCGCUCUGUCCUCGAGCUGGACGUCGAAGCCGCCAUUGGCAAUUCGGUACCGCUUGGAUACAGCAGCUUUAGAGGAGUCAGGCGGAGGGAAGAGCCAUUUAUCCACUUUGGAGCGGCUCUUGGCUUGGGAGAAGAAGCUCUACGAGGAGGUGAAGGCUAGAGAGGGUGUAAAGAUUGAGCAUGAGAAGAAACUGUCGACACUGCAGAGCCAGGAAUAUAGCGGAAAGGAGGAUGCAAAACUCGACAAGACCAAGGCUUCCAUUAAGAAAUUGCAAUCGCUGAUCAUAGUGACAUCUCAAGCUGUCACAACCACAUCUUCUGCCAUAACCAAAGUCCGUGAUGAUGAACUUGCACCACAACUUGUUCAGAUUUGCUAUGCGCUUUUGAACAUGUGGAGACAAAUGAAUUGGUUUCAUGAUGUCCAAAACCAUGUUGUGCAACAAGUCCGGGGCCUUGUGAAUCGUGCCUCUUCUGGCGAAUCAACCUCUGACUUGCAUCGGCUGGCAACCCGUGAUCUUGAAGCUGCUGUCUCCGGAUGGCAUUCAAGCUUCAAUCGCCUCAUCAAAUACUAUCGUGACUAUGUCCGUUCCCUAUACGGCUGGCUUAAUCUUACGCUCCUCCAAAUCAGCAGCGACGCCCCGCAGAAAGACCAUUCUUCACACAUUGUGAUUGAACUCACAGCCUUCUGUGAUGAGUGGAAGCACGCUCUAGAUCAACUGCCUAACACUGUGGCAUCUGAGUCUGUCAAAAGUUUCAUGAAUGUCAUCCAUGUCAUCUACACAAAGCAGGCAGAGGAACUGAAGAUCAAGAAACGGGCUGAGGAUUACUCAAAAGAGCUUGAGAAGAAGUCUAGAGCACUAAGAAGAAUUGAGAAAAGAUACUACCAGUCCUCGAUGGUCGGCAUGGUGCUUCCAGGAGGUGGACGUGACAAUGAUGGACAAGUAUUCGACACACGUGACCCACUGGCAGAGAAGAAAUCAGAGAUCACAGCUUGUCGGAUAAAGGUAGAAGAUGAGAUGAUGAGGCAUGCUAAGGCAGUUGAGGUCACCCGAUCGAUGACCCUUAACAACAUACAGACAGGCCUGCCUGGUGUGUUUCAGGCAUUGACCGGCUUUUCAGCCAUGUUUGUGGAAGCUAUGGAAGGUGUUUGCCGUCGAGGUGUGUCUGUUUAAUAGAAUAUCUUUCAUACUUUUCGGCUAUUUUCUUAUUGAUAUGAUCAAGCCAUAAGGGGAAAUAUAUAGUUAUAAGCACGAAGAUAUACUCUCCCAUCCUUUUAGGUGUGUCAGGUUGGAUAAGUUGAUGUAAAUAUAUCAUUUUUGAAACAUAUCCUUUUCCCUUUCUGGAAUGUGGGAGGGGAUGUCUUUGGACAGGCAAAAUUUGGUUGGUUGGUUUGUCUGUGCUUUAAUAAAGAUCAAUUCAUCUUCUCUGUUGUGUUUUA